CGGAGCCCGCCCAGGCAGGCAGGCGGAUUGCAUCUCUGAGUGAGAGCGGAGCGAGCAGCCCCUGGUGCUUCCCCCCCUGAAGCCGGCGCCGGCGAGCAGACAGCCAGCUAGCUCGGGGCAGCCCCAAGUCCGUGUACCGAUUUGCUGCGACAUCGAUCGGCCUCUUUUCCUUGCAGUCUGCGCAGUCCCGGCCAGCAUGUCGGUGGAGUUGGAAGAAGCCGACCUGCCUUUGACUGAAGCGGAGGAAGCGCCCCUAGCCCCGGAGAAGAAAGGUGGCGCCAAAAAAGCUAAGGGCGGGGGCUCGUCCCUGUCUCCCUCCAAAAAGAAGAAAAACAACAAGAAGAAGAACCAGCCGGGCAAGUACAGCCAGCUGGUGGUGGAGACGAUUCGGAAGCUGGGCGAGCGCAACGGCUCCUCGCUAGCCAAGAUCUACAAUGAGGCCAAGAAGGUGUCGUGGUUCGACCAGCAGAACGGGCGGACCUACCUGAAAUACUCCAUCAAGGCGCUGGUGCAGAACGACACCCUGCUCCAGGUCAAGGGCACCGGCGCCAACGGCUCCUUCAAGCUCAACAGGAAGAAGCUGGAAGGGGGCAGCGAGGGGAGCGCUGGCAGCAGCGCCCCGAAGUCCCACAAGAAGGCUGCAGCCUCCACCUCCCGGAGGGCGGACAAGAAACCGGCCUCCAAGAGCAAGAAGCCCGAGAAGAAAUCUCACAAGAAAGGCGCCAGCAGCGCAGCCGCCAGGAAAGACAAGGGCAAAGCCAAGAAGGCUACCAAGAAAGCCGCCUCCCCGGGGGGCAAAAAGGUCAAGAAGUCUGCAAAGCCCAAGGCGCUGAAGAGCAGGAAGGCAUGAGGGAGGGGGCAGGGCGCCCCCAUCGCCCCACCACGCUGGGGCGGGGAGAGAGAACAUUUCCCCCCACCCUUCACCCCCUCUCCAGCUCCCCAGCCAUCCGGGGCUUUGAGCCCUAAGACAGACUCUGCUCUGAGGACAGACCCAGGUUAUCCGCGUUGUAUUUGUAUUGCUGGCCUCGCUCUGUAGCCGUCGCCGCGGGCAGGGAAACGGGGGUCAGGGCUGCCCCAGCCUCGCAGCCCAUCCCCCUUGUUUUCUUACUUGGCAGCGCCCAACCCCCACCCGCGAAGGUUUCUGUUCGCCCCCGCCGCAGCCCCAUAUUUACAGGGCUAGGUCCCGCCCCCCUUAGUUUCCAUAGUAGCUAUUUUUCAUAAGCCUCUUCGCUUUUAUGUUCCCUGCUCCACCCCCGGUAGGGGGCGAUGCCACGUGGGUCCCACAGGUCCCGGCACUGGUGCACUGUAGCGGGGGAUGGUGUUUUUUUGGCCUACUUUAGAAUUUUUCGAACAGUGACCACGCCCUCUAUUGGUUCUCGCCCUGGCGCCAUGGAAACGGCCAGUUAGGCGCCAGUUCGUUCUAAUGGCGCCUGGGUACCUCUUAAAGGGCACCUCCCCCCCGUUCGGUGAGCCGCAGCCUGGCCUGCGGGCAGUGCCUGGGGUGCUGUGUGCGGGACCAAGCGUCGUUAGCAGCAGCGGGGCUGCCGCAGCCUUGCGAGUCUUGUACCCUGGUGCGGGGUGACGCUGGUUGUGCGCGUCCUGGGGAAGGUGGGGCGGCCCUCCGCCCUCUAGCGCUUGUACCACGUGUUCAGGAUUCAGAGUCAAUGGCCUUUUUUGUUGUUGGUCAAUAAAUUGUUUAAACCUUU